CCUUGCUGAAGAAGAAAAGCAUCCCUUCAAUAAAUGACAAAGUCCCUUAAAACCAACGGUCCUGAUCACAUCCUUUUUCUCCCACUUAAUCAACGCCCCCAUCGCUUUUCCUUUGAUGGCAAACUUUUGUUUUCACAACCGACACAUCACACAAAUCAACAUGGACCCUGCACCUAAACCUAAAUAUCAUCUUGAAACACAUUCAUUCCUCAACUUUUAAUUUUGAUUGAUUUUGUUUUCAUUUUUUUAAUGCGAAGGUUUACCUUGAGUUAACUCGUGAAGGAUAAUCAGAGACUGAGCCAAAGAGGUUAUGGCGGGAAUGAGUGACUCAGUGCCCAUCAGGUUCCCCUACAGGAAUUUAAACAAGGAAUUGGAGGUUGAAAUGAUCGACGAUCCUCAUUUUCGGAUCGAUCUAAAUUCCUCUCCGAACUCUCCUUCAGCUUCUUCUUCGUCGCCUGCCUCGAGGGUUCCCAAUGGAAACGCUAACUUAUCGUCGCCGAUCCAUGCCGGAUCUAAGGAUUGUAGCUUGAUAACUCUGGUUCUUAGUUGUACGGUCGCCGCCGGGGUUCAGUUUGGUUGGGCUUUACAACUAUCGCUAUUGACUCCUUACAUUCAGACACUUGGAAUAGAGCAUGCUUUUUCUUCAUUUAUUUGGCUCUGUGGUCCGAUAACUGGUCUUGUGGUUCAACCUUGUGUUGGUAUUUGGAGUGAUAAAUGCACUUCCAAAUAUGGUAGAAGGCGGCCUUUUAUCCUUGCUGGAGCGCUCAUGAUCUCUCUUGCUGUGAUAAUAAUCGGGUUUUCUGCAGACAUUGGAUACUUAUUAGGUGAUACGAAGGAGCACUGCAGUACAUUUAAAGGUACACGAACAAGGGCGGCUUUUGUCUUUGUUAUCGGCUUUUGGAUGUUGGAUCUUGCUAACAAUACAGUGCAGGGACCAGCUCGUGCCCUUUUGGCUGAUCUAUCUGGUCCUGAUCAACAUAAUUCUUCAAAUGCUAUAUUUUGCUCGUGGAUGGCUGUUGGAAACAUCUUGGGAUUUUCAGCUGGUGCUAGUGGGAGUUGGCACAGAUGGUUUCCAUUCUUGGAAAACAGAGCUUGCUGUGAAGCCUGUGCCAAUUUGAAAGCAGCAUUUCUUGUUGCUGUAGUCUUUCUCUUGUUUUGUACUGUUGUGACUGUAUGUUUUGCUAAGGAGGUUCCGCUUCCACUGCCAGCAGAUCAGCCUACUCGUUUAUCAGAUUCUGCUCCUCUGUUGGAUGGUUCCACUCAAAAGGGCUUUCAACACUCAAAAUCAAAAGCUGAUGCAUCCAUUGUUCCCAAUGAUAAUAGGAACAUUGCUGAAAAUGGAUAUGAAUGGGUGUCAAAUUCCAAGCUUGCCAACUCAAAAGAUAACAAUUCUCAAAAUGAAGUUUUUAGUGAUGGGCCUGGAGCCGUACUGGUCAACUUAUUGACGAGUUUAAGGCAUUUACCACCUGCAAUGCACUCGGUGCUUAUUGUCAUGGCUCUUAGUUGGCUUUCCUGGUUCCCUUUCUUUCUAUUUGAUACGGACUGGAUGGGAAGAGAAGUAUAUCAUGGAGAUCCAAAAGGGAAUGCUUCUGAAACAAAAUUGUAUGAUCAAGGUGUCAGAGAAGGUGCAUUUGGUUUGCUAUUAAAUUCUGUUGUUCUUGGUAUUAGUUCUUUCUUUAUUGAACCAAUGUGUCAACGGAUUGGGUCAAGACUUGUUUGGGCCAUGAGCAACUAUACAGUUUUUGCCUGUAUGGGUGUCACAGCUAUCAUUAGUUUGGUAUCUGUCACAGAAUAUUCUGAAGGGAUUGAACAUGUAUUUGGAGGAGGUGGAGCUAUCAAGAUUGCCGCUUUGGUUGUAUUUGCUCUUCUUGGGUUUCCUCUAGCGAUCACCUAUAGUGUUCCAUUUUCCGUUACAGCAGAGUUGACUGCUGACUCUGGUGGUGGUCAAGGAUUGGCAAUUGGAGUUUUGAACCUUGCAAUUGUUAUUCCACAGAUGAUUGUAUCUCUGGGAGCUGGUCCAUGGGAUGCUCUAUUUGGUGGAGGAAAUAUACCAGCCUUUAUUUUGGCUUCAUUCUGUGCUCUGGCUGCGGGGAUUAUUGCAACUCUGAGGCUGCCUGAUCUGGCAAGUUCCUUCAAGUCAUCUGGUUUUCAUUUUGGCUAAGGAACAAAAUGGCCUUAAUAACGCAACAAGCCCUCUGUAUAAGAUGUUCGGCAACGGUGGUCAUCACAAGAUGGCUACCAUCAUUACUAUGCAUAAUUUUCACACUAAAAGAUAUGCAUAAUACAUAAUCCAAAUUCAUUCAUUUUUUCCCCGUUGCGGGUAUGUGUACUAUGUGUAGAGUGUAAAUUGGCAGUCACUAUAUUGAAAAGGAUAUACACAUUCACAGCAUGAUUAGUGUCUUAUUUACUUUGAAAACUCUACUUGUAGCAUUUCUCAUAUUAUAAAGAUCAAUUCCCUUUUUCUCA